AUGAGAAUUCCUGAUGAAGGUGUUUGCCCUCCAGGACAAAUGACUUGUCGUGUAGAUGAUGCAUGUGUACCUGCAUCAAAAAUAUGUGAUGAGAUAGCCGACUGUAACACUGGAGAGGACGAAUUCUUGUGCGUAUCUGGAGACGGGUGUGACAAUCACGUAGGUACUUUUGCUUGUGAUAACUUAUGUCAUAAUGUGAUUACUAAGUGUGAUGGAAAAGUUGAUUGUGGUACCGGUGAUGAUGAACAGGGAUGCACAGCUCUCACAACGCAACCAAUCACGACAACAGAAGCUACAACAACACAACCCACAACAACACAAUCGACAACAACACUACCGACAACAGUAGCUACAACAACACAACCGACAACAACACUACCGACAACAGUAGCUACAACAACACAAUCGACAACAGUACAAAGGACAACAACACAACCGACAACAGAGGUUACAACAACACUACCGACAACAUUAUCUACAACAACCCAACCAACAACAGUACAGAGGACAACAACACAACCGACAACAGAACAGAUGACAACAAGACAGAUGACAAAAACACAGACAACAAUACAGCCAACAGGUACUUAA